AUGGAGGAAGCAGCGGUUUGGUUGAAUCUACAUGCCCUCCUCCCUUUUUCAGAGAAAACGGUGUCAUCAGAGGAUUCUUCUCCCAGCUGGCAAAAACCUCCUCCUCUGUUUCUGAAAUGUAAUGUGGGUGCCUCUUGGGAUAUUAGCUCGUGUUCUUCUGGAGCUUCUUGGAUUGUACGAGACUCGAAAGGUGUCGUCUUAUAUCACAGCAGACAGGUUUUCUCAUGCAUUGAUUCUCGCGUACAGGCUGACCUGACAGCUAUCUCUUGGGCAGCAGAAGCUAUACGAGACUUUAAACUAAAGAGAGUGAUUUUUGAAAUCUCCUCUGAUCAAGCACAAACAGCUCUGGACUUUCCUAUGUCUUUCCUUGGUAAUCCUCAUGUUUGUCAACGGGCCCUAUUUGCUAUUCAUGCUGUCUCGGAAGCAAAACUUCACUUGGUACAAGCUAACUGCACUAUCAUAGCCAACUUAAUUGCUGGAAGUGUUACUCGUGAUCACAGACACCAGUUCUAUGUUGCUCGCAAUGGUCCUGUCUGGUUAUCUUCGCAGAUUCAGCUGGAAGCCAGCUCUUGA